AUGGCAGAAUACUGGAAAUCAGCACCAAAAUACUGGUGCAAGCAAUGCAAGAUAUUCAUUCGCGACACCCCCUUCGAAAAAGCCCAACACGAAGCCACGGGCAAACACCAAGGAAACCUCAAACGCUUCCUCCGCGACAUCCACCGCAACAACGAGCAGCAGCAGCGGGAGUCCCAGCGCGCCAAGAGCGAGGUCGAGCGGCUGCGGCAGACGGUCGCGGGACUCAAUGACCCUAGCAAAGGGGGCGAUGCCGCGGGGGCACCGUGGCGGCAGCGAGAGACUCCCAAACCCCAGGAGAGGCCGGUGUCGAUGGAGGAGCGGAAACGGCAGAUGGCGCAGUUGGCGGAGAUGGGGGUGGCGAUUCCGGACGAGUUCCGUGGGGAGAUGGCACUAGCGGGGACGUGGCAGACUGUUUCGGAGAAGGUGAUCGAUAGUGGGGAGGAGGGCGGUUCGACGGCGGGGAGGUCGGUGGGAGUGCGCAAGCGCAAGUUGGAGGGGGGUAAUGGUGGUGCCGGUGAUGCUGAUGUUGAUGAGGAGGAAGCGGAGGCGAAGAGGGAGGCGGAGAGGUUUGUCUCGAAGGGGUGGGGGUCGUCGGUUAGGAGGUAUCCUGGGGCCAAGGAGAAUGACACGGAUCUGGAUGCGCUGCUGGCGUCGACGAGGGAGAUUAAGAGGGUGAAGCCUUCGGACGUCAAAGCGGAAGCGGACGUGGAUGCGAAUCCGAGAACCCAGCAGGAUGCAGCGCACGCGGGGAAGCAAUCAACAAAAGGCCACUUCGUGCCGGUCAAGUCGGAGGGAGAAGUGCAGCCUGCAGAGUCGGAUGAAGCACCUGCUGUCAAGGAGGAGCAGGCAGGGGAUGAUACAUCGUUGGAAACUGUACCGAAAACCGAGGCUGAAGAGCCAGCUGCUGGAGUUGUGUUCAAGAAACGCAAACCAAAGGUCAUGAGGAAAUGA